AUGUCUUCAAAGAAGGAUAUCAAAAAAAGAAAGAGAGAAAGAGAUGCGGAUUAUGAAUCCGAAGCAGAAUAUAUUGGCGAGCAACAGGAGGAGUGCCUGGAAUCAGUUGCUGCAUUGCCGCAUGCUGAGAAAGAGUUCCGUCAAGCCUGGGUUGGGGCUAUCCAGCGUAAUGGAACGACAAAGCUGCCCAAGAAACCAUGGAUGGAAACUCAUUGCAUGAAAUUGAACAGCAAUCAGAAAUGUGUUAGUGUGCAUCGGACUGGGUACCCAAUCAAAUCUGCCAUGAUGCGAGGCACAAACAUCCCAUGCAAAGAGAGGGCACAUGAGACAAUUGACUCAAUUUGUCGAACCGCAGACUGUAUUGUUCCUGAUCAUCAUCGCUGGCUCCUCAAGAGUGAGAAAUGUUCCAGGGAGUGCUGUGGUGACAGAUUGAUGUGCUGUACUUGUCAUAUUGAGAUUCCUUUGCCUUGUUCUCACAAGCCCCCUUGUCAGUGGAGAGUCAUUUCCAAUAGUGGUUGCUCGCACUGCAAGCUGGAUGCUAAUCAAGAUGAACUGGAGACUUCUGGGUCUAACAAUGAAUUAUCGACGGAAGACAACAUCAAAAGAAGAGGGAACAGUAAGGGAAAAGAAAAAGCCAAUGACAAUGUAUCUUCUAGCAAUGGCUUGUCUCAAGCGGACAAAGAGUUCUACAAAGCCUGGGUUAGGGUUAUCCAAGAUCAUGGAACAACAAAGCUCCCAAAGAAACCGUGGAUGAAGACUUGCUGCAUGAAAAUGAAUAGUAAUGUGAAAAAGGUUGUUGUCCACCGACAUGUCCAUCGAGGCCACCGAGGUGGCUACCCUCUAACCACUGUCAUGAUGCGUGCAAGCAACAUGCCUUCCAAACAAAGGACACAGGAUACAGUGGAUUCUGUUUGCCGCACACCGGACUGUAUGAUUGCCGAUCAUCAUCGAUGGAUAUCUUGGGAGGAGAAAUGGUCCAGGCAAUCCUGUGGCGCCAGUUUGAUGUGCUCAAACUGUCAUACGGAAAUCCCACUGCCCUGUCCUCACAAUCCUCCUUGUGAUUGGCAAGUUAUUUCCAAAGGAACAUGUUCAGUCUGCCGGAGGCAAUCUUGA